AUGCCUCCAAGUUUGUCAUUAUUGAAAACUUCAUUCAAUUUGAAGCCUUCAAUCUUUGAUGACUUGAAAGGAGCUCAAAAUGAUCAUAAAACAUCAAUACUGAUCGACGAGUUAGUCCUGAAUGAGAAAAUUACUGAAGUGGUAUCAAAAGACAGCAGAGAGCAUCCGUGGGCGAAUUCCAACGAAGACUCUUCGAAGAAAAGUUCGUCUCUCAGAAAAGGACCUGUUGGGUUUAUGGUUCUCAGUGUGCGAAAUACAGCGGCACCAAAAGUAAGUCCAGAAAACAAUUUCGCCCCGCGAAUGCUGAAAGUUUCGGUGAGUGAUGGGUAUCACACAUAUCACUUAAUUGAAGUCGAACCGAUAAAAUUAUUAAGCGUCGAUACAGCUCCAGGAACGAAAAUUAUUUUAACAGGUGACUUGACUGUUCGAAAUAAUUUGGUUCUUAUAAAAGCGGCUAAUGUCCAAUUUGUCGGAGGUCGGGUUGAGGAGAUGUAUGAAAAGUGGGUUGUCACCAAAGAUUUCAACACGAAAGCGAUUCGUGAUACUGGUGCGCCAAAAUUUGUGCCUUUUGGACGUGCAAUUGAUAAUGUGAAAAUAGACAAACAGGGAAAAGGCGAUACGAAAGAGGAAGAAAGUGCUGAGAAAACUGAAACCGAUGCCAAAUUUGGGGCGGUUCGUGAUCAAAAUUUAGAGGCUGUAAAACAACUUAAAACUGAGCAGAAAGGUCUAACUAGUGGAGCUACAGCUCAAUUGCCUUCGAGUGAUUUUUUCCAUUCCAAGAAAAAAGAGCCUCAAAAUGGUGCUACUAGCAGUGGUACUACAGUAACAAUGGGAAAUACACCAGCACCGGAUCCCUUUGCCGACGAUCCAUUUGGAGGACCUCGCGGUGGUAGGGGUGGCCGAGGAGGUCGGCGCGGACGAAAAGGUUCUGAAGCCGAGUAUGACGAAGGACCUGACGACGCGAAGUUUAAAGCGCCGUUUCAACAGGCGUCGCUUUUUGACAUCAUUCAAAACAAAAUUGACGACAUGACAGUCCAGGACAUUGAGUUUUCGGAUCCGAAUCCGCGACCGAUGGCACCUGUAUCGACACGACUCGGACCAAGCUCGGUUCGUAAUGGAGAUACUCGUUCGGGAACUUACGAAAGAGGCGGACAACGAGCAGGAAGAGGAUACAGAAAUGAACGAAAUUUUAACGAGGGAAGUUACGGAGGUGACCGGGGACCAAACGGCCAACGGGUUUCGCAACGAGGCCGUGGGCGAGGUAAUUUUGAAGAUCAAAGGACCAGAGGCGAUAGAAACUCAAACAACGGUUACGAUCGGAACAACAAUCAGGGUGGCCAGAAUAUACAAAGAAAUCAAUAUCAACACGUCGACGGGUUAGUCGAAUUGAUUAUUUUUAUUCGGUUGUUUUAA